AUGUCUUCCUCACGAUUAAACGCAGUAGCGAUACCAGAGAUACGUUUUAACGAAGUGAUUGAACAUUUACGAUUCAAUUUCUUCGCUGAUGAGCCUCUUAAUCGCGGAGUGGACCUCUGUCAGAAAGGAGACUCCCAUCUAGAGCUUGAAAAUCAUUGUUUGGCUACUCUUAAGCAAGGAUACUCGCGGAUGCUGGUAACCGAAGAUGGAACGAUAGCCGGACUGGCGUUGAAUGGAGUGACGAAGAAAGGAGACCGCGAAGAAGCAGUUCGUCGCCUAGAGGAACUAGAUGAUGAAAAGUUCAAAAUUAUUUUUGGGCUGCUGUACAAAGUAAGCGAGAAAGUAGAUCUCUUUGAAAAGUACAACACGGAAGAGCUGUUUGAGUGCAGAAUCCUCAGCGUUGAUGAAGAGUUCCGUGGCCGAGGGCUAGCUAAUGUCCUGAUGGCUGAUACUGUUGAUGUAGCCAAACGCGCUGGCUUUAAGGUAAUAAAAGCAGACGCAACAGGAAUUUAUUCUCAAAAAGUAUUUGAGAAACAUGGCUUUAAAACAGAAGCUGAAAUAUUUUACACCGACAUAGAUGAUAAAUUGAGACCAGCUUUACCACAUCGCUCAUUAAAAUUAAUGGUCUUGGUACUUUAA